GUGGCAGGGUGGUCGUUGCGUCCUUUAUGCUUGCAACACGAACACACACUCUCUGAAAACUGCUUGACCCGUUUCCCGAAGACCAUGUCUACAAAACCACAUCUCGGCCAUGAUCAUCCACGUGCGAGACACAGACGGGACAAUGAGUUCUGUUGAAGCACAACCGACAGACACAAUCCACAUGCUCAGGGUGAAAAUAAUGUUAGAAGACAUACCCCUAUGUGACUAUCGGGUACUUACGUUUAACGGCAAGCAUUUGUGGGACAGGAAAGCAACGAUCUCUAGCUAUGGCAUCAACAACGAAGACUGCGUGGAUGUGAAAAGUGUUUUGGUGGCCCAAGCUAUGACUGGGUUUUUCGUUAACGUUGUCCAGCCGGAAGGGGAGGUUGUCACGGUCGUGGCAGACGAAGCGGUGCCCGUGAUAGAGAUCAAGCACGAAGUGGCACGGGUAGCUGGUGUGGAGGCGAGGAAGCAGCAGCUGAAGGCGGGUGGCGAAGACAUGAAGGACGAGAAGAUGCUGAGAGACUAUGGCAUCACCCAGGAUGCUGUUGUGUUGAUGGAGAUCAAGGGCGAGACUGGAAACAGGAGAGACAAAAGAAGGGAAAGAGCAGGAGACGACAGUCUGAAGAAUGUGCUGUUCUUUGUUUCCCUUCUGGUGUUAGUUCCUGUCAGUUUGUGGCUUGCCUAUAAACGAGGGAGUAAAAAUUAGCAAUGUGUGCGCCCGGAACGAGCAGGCUUUUGCAGGUGUCCGUAAGAGUUGGCGAUGAAAAUGGUCGUGUGGACGCAUGAUGCCAUUAGGAAAACCUGCCAAGCCACUCAUGCCUUUGUUCAGCCUGAAAGCAACUGGAAGUGUCUUUUCUCACUGAGUUCAGCAUGUAUUUUUUUCGUUUUAUUUUCUAAAUAAAAUCCCUACAUAUAU